AUGAAUUUUGAUGGUGCAUCAAAUGCUGUUGAGUAUGGAAUUGGGACAGUAUUGGUUUCACCUGAAGGAGAUCACUAUCCUUUCACCAAUCGUCUCACUUUUGAAUGUACAAACAACAUGGCUGAGUAUGUAGCUUGUAUCAUGGGGAUCCGAGCUGUAAUUGAGCGCAAAAUCAAAAUCCUAGAAGUGUUCAGAGAUUUUGCCUUAGUUAUUUAUCAACUUCGUGGAGAAUGGAUGACUAGAGAUUCUAAAUUGGUAGAGUACAAGAAUCUAGUCAUGGAUCUGAUAAAAGGAUUUGAGGAGAUUACUUUUAGUUAUCUCCUGGGAGAAGAAAACCAGAUGGCGGAUGCCUUAGCCACACUAGCUUCAAUGUUCAAAGUCAAUGAUGAAGCUCGCAUGAUGCCCAUUCGAAUGAGUAUAAGAGAAAUACUGACACACUGUUGUAAUAUUGAAGAAGAGGAUAAGGAAGAUGGUUUCCCUUGGUACUAUGAUAUUCUUCAAUAUGUGAAAUGUCGAACUUACCCUGCUGAAGCUACUGAAAAUGAUAAAAGAACACUAAAAAGAUUGGCUAUGGGAGUAAUGAUGGAGCUCAAGUUAGAAGAGGUUGAGAGGGUUCAGAACAAAUUUGAUCAGUUGAAUUUAACUGGUUAG